UAGUGUUGAGGGGGUUCGCAUCUGCUCUUUUCCCCAGCACACAUUAAGACUACAAAACCAGGACUUUAUUGGAUUACAGAAGUACUGAAUCUUUCCUCGCGUGAGAUAGUAUUGGACAUUUAGAGAGAGGAUGGUUCACCCCAGAAGGAUCUGUCGUUACGUCCUGUGUAUCAGCUGUGUAAUUGGACUGUCCGUUAUACUAAGGAAUGCUCAUAUGUAUCUGUAUGAAUCUUGUCGUCAUGAAGACUACACCACAAAUUUACCUAAUGAUGUCGUGAGGCCAGAAGUGAGACAGUCUAGCGCGUUGGAACCAAACUAUGAUCAAACUGUUCGGAGUCCUGAUUCACACAUGCAACUGAACAAGCUGUACGCCAAGCGACGAAAGACGAUGUUGGACGCAUGUGCGGGACGUGACUUUGACCCCGCAUUUAGGGGGAAUAGCUCACAAAAUUCCAUCAAAGACCACUUUAUAGUAGAUCGGAAGCAUCGCAUCAUAUACUGUGCAAUGGAGAAGGUUGGGUCGACGUUCUGGAGACGACUCUGGCAGAUCCUGGCUGGCUUAAGAUCCGCUCACAAUCCGUAUGACAUUCCGGCUGGAAAUGCCUUAGGAGGUGGUCAGGAAACGUUCAAAAAUGUCUUCUUUGAUGAAAUUCACACAAUGAUUUCGACUUAUCGCAGUUUCAUCUUCACCAGACAUCCAUUUUCUCGACUUUUUUCAGGAUACGUUGAUAAAUUAUUCUCACCAAACCCAGUUUUUUGGAAGUCGUUGGGCACCUAUAUUGUUUCAAAUUUCAGGGAAGGAAAGAAGACAGGGGAUAACAUUUGUGGAUAUGACGUCACAUUUAGAGAGUUCGUGAAAUACAUAAUUCAUUCUAAGUUACAUAAUGAGCAUCGAGACGGCCAUUUUUUACCGAUGCACGAUCAUUGUCGUCCAUGUCAAGUGACAUACGACAUUAUAGGUCGGAUGGAGACGAUUGUGGACGACACAGUGUACAUUGUUAAGUCGUUAGGAUUUGAUGUUAUUGCUAACACUCUAAAUAAAACCAUGAGGGCUAGUUCUGUGAGCGAUACUAUCAAGGACCAAGUUGACAUACUGUUCCGUUAUAAAAACAAAGUUUGUAUUAGUUUUUAUAUCGCACAGAAAUUAAUGUGGCGAAAAUUUCAAAUACGAGGAGUUAUAAGUAAGCAUUCCAAAUUCCCGUUCACUCGGGAACAGGCCGGGAACAUAACGGAACCAGAAUAUGUCGUUGCUGUCACCAAUGCUGUGAGUGACAUACGUGAUCAGGCACAUGCAGAACAAUACCGCCAGGAGGCGUACGCCGAGGCUUUCAGUUCAGUAGACAGGGAGGACAUGACAAAACUCGCCCAAAUACUACAAGUGGAUUGUGAAAUAUUCGGAUACGACUGUUCAUUAACUUCUUUGUACCACAAACUUGAAAAAUCCCAAAGUAACUUUAAAUAUUUUGAUACUGAUUUAUAUAAGUUGUAACGAGAUAACAGCGCUUUCCGGUGAUUAAUGCCAUUUUCUUUUCAAUGAAUAUGGGCUACACGUUUUUUUCCGGCAUUUUUAAUUUGCGUCGUGUUGCUAGGCACUGGUUCGGCCAGGGUCGGGCGAUAUACCAGAAAUCAGUUUGGCUUUCUAUCGGGCGAUAUAAUCUUGUCCGGACACAUAUUCCUUCUGUUUUCAUCUGGUUUCCUUUUAACAUUGUAGACUUGAGCACCAUCAUAUGUCCAAACAUCGCAUCUCCAUUAAGUAUACAGUAACUAUUCUUCCUUUUACAGGGAAGACACACGAACGAAUGAUAAACAGGGUAUUAGGGCAGCUUCUAGCGUAUAGUUCUUGUUUAAACCCUAAUUUAUAUGGUAUAUCUCACUAUAUUUAUUAGAUAUUUGUUUGUUAUCAAUACCUGUCCUGUGUGUCUGCGGUGUUAGCUGUUGGUUCCCAUAUGUGGACCCACACCUCAAGCAAUAGGGUAAUACCGUUAUGCAAUGGUGCGGAAGCCUGAUCAUCUUCACUGUUUUGUUAUUGUUCUUUUUUCGUAUAAUACUUUUUUUUUUUUUUAAAUAUUGAUUUAUUUUUAUUUUGUUGUGCAUCAUGGCUACCAUUUACUGUUACUAGCCGCAUAUAAUAUAUACAUAUUUGAUAAUGGUUAAGAACAUUUUUGCUAGUUGUACCAAGUGUGUGGUAGGGGUGAAGUACAACGCAACAUCAAAUAUCAUCAUUUUGUUUGUGAUAUAUCUUUUCAGGUCACUUUGAGAGAAUAUUUUUAAUAUCAUCUUUACACUUAUCUUCAGACCCAAUCUCCUUUAACUGUGAAUGGAUAUCAAUACCAAUCCAGAUCCCCAAGUUAACAGAGAAAACAUGUUUGAAGGUAUAUAAAUUACUUAAAUAUACUGAUCAUGACAUCAUCUGCUUACAGAAAUUCAUCUUAAUGACUCUAUUGCUGAUGAUGAUAUUUCUUUAUCUACUCAUCUUCAUUUUGUUCGUACGACAGACGUCAUAGGAGAGAUGGAGUAGCUCGGAUCUAUACCAAUCAGAAAAUCAUAUAGAAACGGAGAUUGGACUUAGAGGAUGUUGACUUAGAAAUUAUUUGGAUUGAAAUUACUCUUAGUCACAAAACAUUAUUAAUAGACUGUAUUGAUAUGCAUCCAAACUCUGUCGUGGAAUACUGGAAUAAACUUAAUAAGUUCCUAGACAAUAUAACCGAACUUGGCAAAGACUAUAUACUUUUUGGUGACAUCAAUCAAAAUAUGUCUUAACAUAUCACAUCUGUUGAUGUUAUUAUGGACUAAUAAUACUAAUAUCUUAACAAAAUCUCGCAGUCCAUACUCCAAUUUGUAGUGACCACUGUCCCAAUAGUUGUACAUGUAGUAUAUCUUUCAAAAGUCAAGAAUCUACACAUAAGAACAAUAUUAUUUCCUUCAGUGAUACUUGCUUUGUUAAUGCUAACAUAUUUCUAUCUAAUAUUGAUUGGGAUAUUUGUCUGAAUGAAUCUGCUGAUAUCGAGACUAUGAAUGAUAUUAUUUCAAGUGAAAUUCAUAAUUGUAUUGACAAAUUUGUACCACAUAAUUUGUCACUAUUCGUCCAGAUGAUAAAGUAUGGAUAAAUAAUGAUAUUCGAUUUUACAUACGGAAAAGAAAUCGUCAAUAUUCAAGGGCCAAAAAUACAAAAACUACUGUAGCCUGGCAAACAUGUAUAGAUAUGCGAAAAGUAGUUAUUGAUCUUGUAAGAGAAGCUUAGCACAGAUGUAUACUUAAAUAACAAAAUUCACUUAUUGAUAAAUUAAUACCUCCAGGCAGGGGGUGGCGGGUUGCAAAGUCCAUUAUGAAGUGUUUAACUAAAGGCACAUAUUCUGGACAAAGCAGACGCUUUCAAUUCUUAUUUCACUUUUGUCUUUACCUCUGAUUAAACUGAUCUUGAUCUCCUAAUUGUCCUGCCUCCCAGACUAAAUUAUCAUCUUAAAUUAUCAUGGUUAAUGAGCAGGAUGUUCAUGGUCAUUUUUAUCUUAUUUAUAUAAUAAUACUCCAAAAAAUGUCCAGAUGCGGUCCCAUUAUAUUUUAUUAAAUGCAUUGCUGACUUUCUUGUGAAGCCCCUGGUAAUAUUGUUUAAACAAUAAUGUCAGUGUAUAUGCAACAAUAUUAUAUCUAAUUGGUUCCAGCUUUUCUCUUUUAUCUGAAUAUACAUGCUCUGUAUGCUUUAAUAAAAUAAUUUAAAUACAAUGCAGUUUAUUUGAAAUGAAAUAUAUUUACUAUCCUUGCUGUAGGGAAGCACGACGUGUUGUCUCUACGCGAUUAAACACGCUCCCUUUCACAGGACAUUAAAUGUGUCACACUGCCAGCACAUCAGUUGUGGCGGUGUCUAACUAUUAAUAUAUCUAAAAUUUAAAAAAAAAAAAUUGACAAAUUUGACGUGUUAGGUAUCGCCGAGCAAUUCGUGUCUAUAUUUCUCAUUAUUUAUUAAAAAGGCUAAGUUUCUUUUUUUUCUGAAUGAAAAUUUUCAUUGAGAAUGAGAGUUUUUAUUAUUUCAUGUGUCUUACAACUUAGUGGUUCCCUGAUACAUGGUCCCUCAUACAGUUAUUGACUUACGGAAAACAAGGUUUACUGGAGGCCAAGGUGUGUUCAUAUACCCAGAUGCUGUAGGACCCAAUGUAACACGGGGUAUUGACAUUGUCAGUAUCUUUUCUGAAGUGUGAUAGAUCACCAUUAAUAAAUGCCUACUGCUUCACCCUGUGGACCUUGUUGAGAAGCCUGUCUAAAUUUUACCCGUUAAUGAUAAACAUUUUAUGUCUCUUUGAGAUGUUGAUUGUAUGCGUAAAUCUCCAUACGCAUAGAGAAACGUAUAGAAAUAGUCAAUAGUACAAGUUGGUCUGUUAAAAUUUAGAAAUAGGGACAUUUCGUGCAUUAAGCUUUAAUAUGGAAAUUCAAGAAAAAAUAUGGUUAAAAAAAUGAAAAUGAAGCAUGUUAUACUUAAAUUUAAAUGAAGGGUAAUAUAUUUUACUAUUCUUACCUUUGGUUAAAGUCGAUUUAUCGACAUAUUUGAGAAAAAUAUUUAGCUGAGGGCGAUAUCCGAGGUCCGCAUGCAGUUUAUAAAUCCACAUAUCGAAUAUAGCUAAAGGCUACAGAUUGCUCUUGUUGGAACAGUAAUUUUACUACUAGUCACAUACCGUUGAUAAAAAUCGUAAAAACUCGAACAAAUAUGGCUGUAUAUAAAUCAGUAUAUAUGACGAGGUCAGAGACUGUCCUUAGACAGUAAAAUAUAAUGUAAACAACCUCGGUUAGCAAGAAACGUUCGAGUUAUCUUUCUUUGAAUUAAGAUUCGGAAUGCGACAACUUUAAGUGUUUACAACAAAAACAAAGUAAAUUCUUUGAUUUAAAAAAUAUUUUUUCAUAUUUUAAGUAACUGUCAAGAAAUGUAGAUUCAUUAGGAAAAGUGCGAUAAAAGUGUAUUGUAUAGGUAUAUAUCUGAAAUUUUGUUAUUGAAUGGCACAUUAGAGCGUGAAGUUUAAGAAUCUGGAAAAUAUGUAUUUUUUAAAUAACAUUUAAGGGCCCUUAACUUACCAGAAUAAACCGACAGACACAAUAUCUGUUGGUAUAUGCUACCACAAAAUACAACAAAAAUGUAAUGGAUCAAAACAGUAUCGUGCUGACAUUCCGGGUCCGUUCCUACAUAAUACUAGCCGUUUAAUGUGUCACAAACGACUUUCAUGGAAAUGCUAAAUGUACCUGAAUUGUUAUUUUUUGAAAUGGUUUAAACCAAACUAUCGGACGUAAUUAAAAGUAAUCUUGAGAAAUGAAUAUGGAUAACUGAAAAGUUAUUGACAAUGAUUUAACGCCUUUAGUUGCCACUGCGUGAAUAGUCAGUACCCCAUUGUUUUCGAAAUCCCCCUUUGACAGCGGUUAAUGUGAUGGCUGAGGGUUUGAAAACAAGUAAUGUUGAGCUAGAGGAAAACCAAUUGUCGAGGUUCUGGUCAAUCUUCAUUUAUAUCAGGUUUAAUAUGAAACAUAUAAUACCGGGUUAACAUAGGUAGCAUGUACAGUCAUCAGUAAAGGCUUGAGGAAACAAUAUUGCACUCCUUCCGCCAUUUGCGCAAUCAGUGAAUAAAAUACGUUAUAAAACAGAAAUCUACUUGUUAUAACCAUCACCGGUCUAUAUCGCCAGUUUGUCGCUAUAUUUGAAAUGUUGCCUAAGACACGCAACUUUGAAAUUUAAAAAUAACAACAUACUAUAUUACAUAUAUAUACUCAUUGUUACCUUUAGGAGAGAACUAAUAUAGGCUAUGCCUGUUGUUCAAUCUUUUUUUCUAAAUGAAAUAAAAUUUGUUGAAAUGGUAUAUGCGUGUGAUGUGAAACAAAAUAUAUCAUUUAGUAUACAAGUUAUUGAAUAUUUCACAAUCUAAAUAAUUUUUAUUCUUUCAUCUUUUUUCAAAUUGAGGAAAUAAAACGGGUUUUAUUUCACCGUAUAAACUUUCUUUCUUUAGUAAGCAUUAUUGGUCCAAACAUGUUUGAGACUUCGCAGUUUCAGAAUAGAAGAAGGUAUCCAUUUACGAUCCAUUACUAACGUUUUCUAAUCUUAGAAUAACCGCAUAACAAGCUGCGUAAGGUGUCCAUGGCCUUGACCUACUGAACCCGGCUAUAGUGUGUGUCAAUAUCGUAUACCAAGUCAUGGCCUUGACAUACUAAACCCGGCUAUAGUGUGUGACAAUAUCGUAUACCAAGUCAUGGCCUUGCCCUACUGAACCCGGCUAUAGUGCGUGACAAUAUAGUAUACCAAGUCGUGGCCUUGACC